UCAAUGUUGUCAAACAAACAUGGUUGACAGAGGAUGAGAGUAUCAAGAUUUUGCUUCGUAGUUUACCUGCAACUUUUGUUCCUUUUCGUAGAUUUAUUCAUUAAUUCGUUUGGAGAGCUCUUCCGAACUGCAGAUGUCGUCCUUCUUGUGUUGUACAUAAUUCAAGAUCUCUGCAUUAUCUUUGCAAUCAUUGUGGUAUUUUUGGUGUUUUUCAACACAUACAUUUUUCAAGCUGGAUUGGUUUCCCUACUAAUCAGAAAAUUCAAGACUACCAUUUUUAUUUCUGUGUUAUACUUAGCAUUAUCAGUGGGGCUUCAUGUAUGGACUAUGACAUUAAAAUGGGGUGCCCCCCAGGCAUUUAUUUGGAAUGAAGCUUUCCAAGCACUUUUUGUUUUUCAAAGAGUUGGAGCUGUCUUAUAUUAUUACUUCUACAAGAGAACAGCCUUGCGACUUGGAGAUCCAAGAUUCUAUAAGGACUCUCAAUGGUUAAGACAAGAAUUUGCAAGGACUCACUGAUUACUAUUAUGCUCUUCAAAAUAUGGAAUCUAGAUGUUCAAGGAAGGAAAGAGUGAUAACAACCCAAUCAUUCAUAAAAAAUUCACUAAUAAACCACUUUUCUGUUUAUGGAGGAUUUCUGGUGUUGUACAGCCCAGAUUUACUGCUGUCUUGAAAUAUGAAUGCGUACAUAAAUAAUGAUGGUGCUUCCCCAAGCAAAAUUAAAGAAGUGGAAAGUGUGAAGAGUGCUCAUGGGCUUUAGAAAUGUUGCUAGAAUUAAUAGAUUCAUUAUGAAAAGAAAUACCUUUAUGGUGAAUUUUUAUUGUACACACUGGACCACUUUCUAUCUCUUUGGAUGUGAACAAGGUUCACUUCUUAACAGAAAUACUGUAAUGCAAAAAAUUCAUCUGUGUUAACAGCUGUUUCCAGGAAGUCCAAUUACACAGGUUAAAAAGAUUUCUGGUUUCUGGAAUGUGUUGAAAGGGAAAAAAAAAAAGACAAAAAUCUAAACUGAAACUGUGUUUGUUUUUCUUAUCUUACGAUACUCAGAAAGUCUUUUAGCAAGCCUCAGUUUGAAGCUUAGAAUGGAUCAGGGCAUAACCCUGCAAAAAGGUGUACUGGUUUUGAAUGAGAAGUUUGUCAAGUAGUAAAAUAUCGUGACUGAAAUACUCACUAGAUUUGGUACAUGUUGCUAUGGAUUAAGUUAUUUAAACACCUUUCUGUGCUAAAACCUUGUGUACAGUUUGUACUUACAAAAUUAUAGAUACAUCUGAGAAUUGUGUGUUUGAAGACAGCUUUUGAAUAAUGAUUUUAUUAAGUGUUAUUUUGUAUACUAAACAAGCUUUUUAACAUAAAAAAAUAUUGGCAAGAGCAGGAAAUGGCGUCUGUGCACUCUGAGUAUCGCUAAUAAGUUUGCAUUGCUGGUAAAAGUUUUUGUACUUUGCUAUUGUGAGAAGUUGGUAAAAAACAUUCUAUGUCUACGGAUUGUAGAUUUGCAUCCAGUUAAAUAUAUUGGUAUGUUUCAAAAUGAAUUAAUUGUCUCCAAUAAAAUGUUUCAAGCUGUA